AUGACUUACCAAAGUCAACCGCUGCCUGGUGGGGUCUAUGUACCUCUCGUGACCCCUUUUACACCAAGCCCCGAAGAGGACCUUGAUCUCGAGGCCUUCAAGAAGGUUGCUCUGCGAGUUGCCUCGGCUGGUUGCGGUCUCGUCGUGCUGGGAACCGGAGGCGAAGGUGAGCUCCGCAAGCUUCAUCUGAGCUACUGUCCAAAGUCGAGGAAGAGGCAAAUGCUGAAUUGCUUACUGCGCUUCACUUGAGCCGCCCUCUCGCAGCUUCGCACGUCACCGCAUCAGAGAGGAUCAAACUUGUAAGCGCUGCGCGCGAAUUCACAAAAGAUGCUGGAUUGCAGACGCCGAUCAUCGCAGGCACUGGCACCGGAAGUCUUUACGAGACGAAGCAAUUGUGCAAAGAUGCUGCCGCAGCUGGAGCAGAUGCUGGUGAGCGUCCUAAUGCGGUCAAACGUUUCAAACUGGCUGUUGACUUGGCAAGCGUCACCUCUGCAACUCGCUCGUGUCGUCAGCCAUCGUCUUGACACCCGGUUUCUUUGCUGGAGCGAUUGCAAAGGACCGCACAGCUCUCAAAGAAUAUUUUCAGUGAGCAAGCAAUUCGCUCGAUGACGUGGCUAUUCGGCUCGCCGCAUUUCUCAAUGACCAUGACGGGUUGUAUCUCGUUGCAGCGACAUUGCGAGCGCGUCGCCGAUCCCUGUCAUGGUCUACAACUUCCCAGCUGUGGUGAGUCGUGAUGGAAGGUGCUCAAUGCCAUGCGACCUUGGCGUCUUACGCGCUGUCGAGUCUCGUUUUGAUUUGCACAGACCGCGGGAAUUGAUCUGGACUCCGACUUGCUGGAAGCCAUCGCCGAGCAUCCAAACAUUGUCGGAGCUAAGGCAAGUACCGUUUUUGAGCCUCCCUCGUCUCAUUGCUGCGCGGCUUAUCUGGUUCAACCUGGGUCGCUUCCUGCCCACGCUAUAGCUAACCUGUGGAUCAAUCGGCAAAGGCGCAAGGCUGGCAUCAAGCGCAGCAGCAAAGUCGCACAAGAAUUUCCACGUCUUCCCAGGUCUCGGAGAUAUGCUGCUGCGUAAGUGACGCUGAUGAGACGCUCGAUCAGCCUCGUUCGCGCGAGAAGCAAUAGAGCUGACGUUGCGAAAUAUCGCACGGCUAGCCUCGAUGCUUGUGGGUAUGACCGGUACGAUUGCCGGUUCGGGCAACAUUUUCCCACGUCUUCUAGUGCAGACGUACAAGAGCGCUCAGGAAGCUGUGCAGUCUCCUUCCAAACAGACCCUGUCAAAAGCCCAAGAGCUUCAAGCGCUCGUAUCACGGGCAGAUUGGGCUUUCAUGAAGGGCGGAAUAGGAGGUACAAAGUGGGUGCUGCGUAGGUACUAUGACGACGUUGGGGAAGCUAGAAGACCGCUGCAGCCUGCGACGCAAGCUGUACAGGAUAUGCUGGAGAAGGAGCUGCGCGAUGCUCUUGAUUGGGAACGAAAAGCUGAGAGAGAAGCGGGCGUUCAGGUCGCUCGCGAAUAG